UUUAUCAGCAUGAGGGACUGGCUCAAGCAUCUCUACGAGGCUAUCAAUCCACCCUUAUUCAUUCAAGGUUCCCCCGCGGACCUUGACCUAAGCCUGAUGCCUCUUCGUUUAGAUGGCAUGAAAGUGGUGAAGCUCUGGAUCUGCGAAUCCUUCUACUCGCUCCACCCAUUCCAUACUCAGGCUGAAUUUUUGACGGCAUUGAUGGGAAUAACUAGUUUAAGUUUUGCUUUUGACAGGGACAAUGCACUUGCCUAUAUCUCCCGAGCAAAAUGUACGAUCUCCGGACCAUUAGAACUCUUUCGCAAGAGGGACAAUCGCUAUAUGGUCCUUGAACUGCUUAGUUCUUCCCGAGGAGCUUCCCGUGGCAGCAUCUCAUCGGGAAUUAUGUAUCUUCUGCAUGUUCUCGAUAAUCGUUUAUAUGCCAACCUCUCGGUGUUGUGCGACUGUAUCGAGGACGUCUGCGGUGCUUUUAUAAUCAACUGGCGAAUUGACCCACACUUGAAUGAGUUUCCCCUUCACAACGCCGUGCUUCCAUGUAACUGGCUGCUGUUUCCCCACAAGUUCACUACGGAGAAAAAAACCAACCUGUUUUUGAUGGGCGAGCUUCUAGAUGAGAUAGCGAGGCUGGUCGAAGCAUUGCGCGUAGAAGCCGGCAUGGGUGAGUCUUUUAAUUUUUCAGAGAUCCGAGAUCACAAUUGGGCAGAUUUCCUCUGGCUGAACUACGCGAAAUUUACGCCCAUUCUGCGUAAUGUUUUCAUUUCCCGGAUCUGCAGGGUUCUCUGCCUCAUCGCCCAUAACAUCAGCAAUCGCACCUUGAGAAGCAAAGUAGACAAUAUCAUUCUUUCUCUACACACAAACGACCCUCCUUCGAAUGGGCAUCCAGUUAAUUAUCGGAAGCUCGUGGAUGACGUGGUUAGGUACACGACACCCUUGCCAGGAUUGGCACCACCCCCAGACGGUUACCUGCGAGCUCUCCUGGUUUUCGACGACAAUAAAGGAGUGGGCAACCUGCUCGUAUACGAGAAGACCAUCGAGAUCCCCCAGCUUCUUUCAUCGUACACAGUGAUCACACAGCCUGCCAUGAUAGUAGAGGCCCCUACCUCCGCACGUCGCGUAAAACAUCCCAAGAACCUACCAGAGGUUACGCGGCACAAUGAGAAAGAGAUGACGGAGCCGCAACCUCAAGAGUUUGAAGGAGAAGAAGAGAGAGAGGAAGAUGUCACGGCGAAUGCUGAUACCGAGACCCGUCAGGUAUCGGAGACUUUGGAUGAGGCGGCGACGUUGCUUGCACCUGAUCUUGACGAGUCGCUACCCACCAACGGACCAUCGGUGGAGGAGCAAGAGGCAGCUUGCAAUAUUCAAAACGUAUACCGCCGUUACGUCAGACGCCGCUCGAGUCGUGCAGUCAAUGCCGAAAUCGAUGCGAUAUUCAUGGCAUGCCUGAAGCAGACGCAGUCCCCUGAAUGGCGUCCGGGUUAUUACAGCCUGCUUUUCCUUGGACCGUUGCCUCACCUCCUGGUGUGCUUGGAACGAGGCAUUGCUCUGACUCACGCUGCCAAAACGAAGACGAAAGUCCUUUUCAACAAGGAGUCUCAUGAAAAGCUUGAAGAGUUGGGCAAGCAGAGAAGCGGGAUAGCAACGCUCCUCAAGAAGGGAUCUAAACUGCGCAAGCAGUUAGAACCUUCCUCAUCCACUCAUCGUGCCCGUGACAUUGAUGCACUCAGAUCUGGAGUUCUAGAGGUCGAGGAAUUCAUGCAGGGGGUUCCGAGCAGCAUGAAAGAUAUGCAAUCCGACUUUCAAAUAGCCUAUAAGGGCAUUGUCACAAAGAAGGUUCAUGCGGGAGAGAAAAAGAAACCCCCUCUCAAUGUCGAGGUAUGA